CUUGUCAGUGCGCCAAAGCACAAGCAUCUCCCUCAAACCCAUGUCGCCAAGGAACGCAUACGUGCAUCCCAAGCAUCGGACCCUACGUCCAAACCUAAAUUACCUGUCAUGUCCGGCGUCCGUGCACACGCGCGCACUUAGGAUUUGACGUACAGAGCGCCGCGACGUUUAUUGGAUCGACACGAAACCAGCUUCCCACUGCAGAUGAUGCACACACGCCACGAGCUAGGACAUGGACCUCGACCUCGCCCUGCAAGAGACCCGCCCGGCCGUCGCCGGCGAGGACUUCGCCUUCUCCACCACCGAGACCGACGACGCCUUCCUCGUCCUCGCCCACCUCCCAGGGUAUGACAAGGAUGCGAUCGAGGUCCGCGUCGGCGACGGCGGCAGGGAGAUCCGCGUCGACGUGGGCGCGCGGAAGGACGGUGCCGGGCUCGCUGUGGAGGCGGCGCGCGCCGGGACGCGGCUGCGGGUGGCGCACCGGCGGGCGGUGGAGGGUUUCUGCCGUGUGUUCGACGUGCCGGACGGCGCCGACGUGGGCCGGGUCACCGUCGGGUUCGAGGAGGACGACGAGCUGCUCGUCAUCAUCAUGCCCAAGCUGCGGCCGCUGCAGGCCUCCCCGCCGGACGACGAGGCGCGCGUCGACGUCGAGAGCACGGACUACGAGUGCGCGUCGUCGGACGGGACGGAGGUGGAGCUCGACGACGGGUGGUCGUCGGCUAGCCUCGAGCUGGAGCAGGAGGAGUGGGUCGACGUCGACGGCGCUUCGUCGGGGUCCGAGCCUGAGCCGCCGCCUCGAGACGUGCCGGUGGAGACGCCCGUGGAGAUACAGGAGGACGUGCCGGUGGAGACGCUCGUGGAGAUUCAUGGGCCGGAUCCCAUAAUCACGGACGUGGCGGUGGAGACGCCCGUGGAGGUCGAGGAGGAGGAGGACCCUCCGAUGCAGGACAUCGAGUGUGACGUCGUGUUCGACGUCCCGGUGUACAGUGAGCUGCCGGUGGAGACGCCGAUCGAAGUGCUCGGGUCCGACCCAUCGGCUGACGAUGUGGCAGAGCCGGCGGUCGACAUCCCGUGCGACGUCGAGUUCGAGCCGGAGCCCCGGCAACCGCCCGUCGAGACGCCACCCGACGUCAUCGAGGAGCCCAAGCCACCACCUAUCAUAGACCCACCGGUUGAAGAGCCACCGAUGGACCCACCACCGGUUGAGGAGCCACCGCCUGUCGAGGAGCCUCCGGCGCCGGUCGACCCGCCCAUGGAGGUGCCACCCGCCGAAGAGCCGUCGGUGGACCCACCACCAGUUGAGGAGCCACCACCCGUCGAGGAUCCUCCGGUGCCGGUCGACCCGCCCUUGGAACCGCCUCCCACGGAGGAACCGCCAGUGGACCCACUACCGGUUGAGGAGCCACCACCAGUCGAGGAUCCUCCGGCACCGGUUGACCCGCCCGUGGAACCGCCUCCCAUGGAG